CACCAGCCCACCCCCUUCCCAACAGCUGUCUGUCCACUCCCCGGCCGCGAUCCAGUGCCUUAGUCUUGUUUCAACCGUUCCAUGGAGUCUUUGCAAAACGUCGGUCCACCAGAAACGCAAUGCCGUGAACAGACACGAGAAAAAACUUCCUCCCCGCCGAUUCCGACAACUGGCCAGUGGCCACAGCCCUCCUGCUUCCCCCUGCCCUCCAUUCCCCAGAAGACCCUAGCUUUGACUGCCUCCGGGGUGUCCUGUGCUGGGACGCGCGAUCCCAGAGCAAUACAUAAACACUCGUAGAUCCCCUUCUCACGACGGACCCUUCUCUCCCUUCCCAUCCCCCCUUGCCGGCUCUUUCAGUGUGCCUUUGGUGACCUAGUUCGUUGCAAAGUGCAUCCAUUCGAGUAGCUACACUACGUCGUACUCUUAACCUGUCGAAAACAUCCUCCUGCCCCCUCCAAAGCUCCAUUCACCAUGGCCACCAACACCGAACAUAACGCUGUCAACUCAGCAGUCAACGGCGACACCUCGACCCAUGCCCAGGACUUCGAAAAAGCCACACGAGGAAUGAGCCACGAAGAGAAGACGGCGGCUCAAAACGCCGCUCGCUUCGGAUAUGGUCCUUUGGCUCAUAUGCGAACAAACUUGGAUGCCACGCUGCCCGCCUUCGGUGGUGAAUUCCAACCCGGUCUCUACAGAGGCGUCGAGAAGCGCAAGUUCGCCAACCCGGCUCCUCUGGGCUUGUGCGCUUUCGCCUUGACCACCUUCGUCCUCAGCUUGAUCAACCUGGGAACCCGAAAUAUCAAAGUCCCGGCCAUUGUCAUCUCUCUCGCCUUUGGUUAUGGUGGUCUCGUGCAGCUCCUGGCUGGCAUGUGGGAAAUGGCAGUCGGCAACACCUUCGGUGCUACCGCGUUGUCCUCCUAUGGCGGUUUCUGGAUCUCCUUUGCCAUCAUCCUCACUCCCGGUGGCUUCGAGAUUGAAGCGACCAUUACAGAGCAGCAGAGCACCAAGGCUCUGUUUGACUGCCUAGGCUUCUACUUGAUGGGCUGGUUCAUCUUCACCUUCCUCCUCCUCAUCUGCACCCUCAAGUCUACCGUGGCCUUCUUCCUCCUGUUCUUCACCCUGGAUCUGGCAUUCUUGAUGUUGGGCUGCUCCUACCUGGUUCUCGAGAACGGCGCUCCUCACACCGGCCUGACCCGUGCAGGUGGUGCUUUUGGCAUCCUGGCCGCCUUUUUGGCCUGGUACAAUGCCCUCGCCGGUAUCGCCGACACCUCGAACAGCUUCUUCAUCGUCCCCGUCCUCCACUUCCCCUGGUCGGAGAAGGGCAGAGCAGCUCGCACCGAGGACAAGACCGACAGCUCCGUGUAGGCGACCUGCACGAUUGGCUGACGCGCGUCGAAAACAUCGCCGCAUUCGAUAAUUCCAGCGCACACUACAUACGUGGAGGGAACGCGCAAAACUACUCGAAGAAAUAUGUCUUUUGUCUAUCACAGAAUAUGACGCCGCCGGAGAGGCAUGGAUCAAUCACACUGGGGGAGGUGCGGUGCUGUACGGAGCUGGGAAUCGGCAAAGCAAUACUACGUCUCUUUGGAUACCCCAAUCUGCGUUGCUUGGUUCUGGACAGUUCUGCUCUAAAAAAAACUUUCCAUCGUUUUGGCUAAUACACUAUAAUGCUAUGUUCCUUGCCUUCA